UAGCCAUGCCGUUAGUGGCGACAUCGCCAAACGAGCGGAUCUUUGAGUCUAUGGCCAGCUUUAGUUCCUUCUACUCUUCCAGUAAACCUGCAGCAGCCAAUCAAAAAUCCCCAUCCAAACAUGCCUCUCAGUCUAGUGCAUCCAUCCUUAUAUCAGGUACCCCACCAGCUCAUCAGCAGCAAGGAGUAGCCAAUACAGUCCAUGGAGGCCUGGGGGAAAACCUUCCAGAAAAGAGCACACAGGAUAGCUCCCAGAAAUCAACUGGGGAGCCAUCAGGGGAAGCACAUGUGUAUAAACAGGAGGGAAAAGUCCCAAGCCGUCUUGCUUUGGGGAACCGAGGAGGCUACAAUGGGAGAUGCUGGGGUUCACCAGUGCAUCAAAAGAAGAAGCAUACAGGCAUGGCUAGUAUUGAUAGCAGUGCCCCAGAAACAACAUCAGACAGUUCCCCAACCCUCAGCCGUCGUCCUUUGCGUGGUGGUUGGGGAGCUACACCGUGGGGGAGAGGCCAAGAUAGUGACAGUAUCAGCAGCUCCUCUAGUGACUCUUUGGGAUCAUCAUCUUCCAGUGGCAGCAGGAGAACCAGUGGGGGAGUUCGAGCCAAGACUGUUGAAGUGGGCCGAUACAAGGGCCGUCGCCUGGAAAGCCAUGCACCCCAUGUUCCUAACCAACCUUCUGAAGCCGCUGCUCACUUCUAUUUUGAGCUGGCUAAAACUGUCCUCAUUAAAGCUGGAGGAAACAGCAGCACCUCCAUCUUCACCCAUCCGUCAUCCAGCGGUGGACAUCAAGGGCCCCACCGCAACCUGCACCUCUGUGCCUUUGAAAUAGGCCUCUAUGCUUUGGGGCUGCACAAUUUUGUUUCUCCAAACUGGCUGUCUAGGACUUAUUCCUCCCAUGUUUCCUGGAUAACAGUACAUCCACCACAGACUCAUCCACCUCACCCCCGCUGACUACGAUGAUUUUGUAAACGCCAUCCGUAGUGCCAGAAGUGCAUUCUGUCUCACGCCUUUAGGAGCAAUGCAGUUCAACGACAUCCUACAGAAUCUGAAACGUAACAAGCAGACCAAGGAGCUGUGGCAAAGGGUUUCCUUAGAAAUGGCAACCUUUUCUCCUUGAUGAUACAGGCACAAGUUGAUUAGUAACCAUGGAGACUCUUGGGGGGGGAUACAGGCUCCUCAAAGGGAAUAGGACAACACAAAUCAUCAUUUGGGACUGGACUAAACAUCUUAGGCAGAAAUUUAUUGCAGGAGGCCAGCAAUGUUACGUUAUAGGGUUAGCUCCUGUCAUAGCAAUCAGCUGUGGGGUUCACAUCUCCAACCCCACAACAACGUUUGAUCUGACCACAACCGUAAAAUAUUUGUACAACAUUGGCUUUCUUUCUCUUUUCUAAUAUAUAGUUUUUUUUUUAUAUUAGGAAAAAGUAUGACACAGGAAAGUUUACAGGAAACAAUACCAAGGAAAAAGGCAUAUUAGUAUCAACUGGCAUUCAAUUGACCAUGCAUCUAAAAUAAAACAUCAUUUUGUGUUCAAUGAA